GGCGGGCCAGUCCACAGAAGUGUCAUGGCGUCGAUGGAGUCCGAGCUCCGACGACAGCGCAUCAGCCACAUCAAAGUUUCACCGACCCCCAAUUUGUGAGGGUUCUGUUCGGACAAACCCUGAAUAUUAAUGCGCUCCGGGCGACGACAAACGCCGGACAAGGUUUAUUUUUGCGAUGGACAUGUACGGUUACCCUGCUGAAGGAAGAGGAAUGACUGGAAUGUGUCGCCACCACUCCUGGAUGUAAAAAAACGCCGUCCCCGAGCACAAGCGCUUGAGACUCCAGUCGAGAUGGAGAAGCCCGUCCUGCAGACGCAGCCGUCCACCCUGCCGUUUUUCGACACGGCCCACGCAUUCAACCUGCUGCGAGGGAUCCACGAGCUCCGCGCCGAGAGGAAGUUUUUUGACGUGACUCUGUGCGCCGAGGGCCAGGAGUUCCACUGCCACCGCACGGUCUUGGCGGCCGCCAGCACCUACUUCCGCGCCAUGUUCGCCGGGACGCUGCGGGAGAGCGCCAUGGACCGGGUGGUUCUGCACGAGGUCUCGGCCGAGCUUUUGGGAUUGUUGGUGGACUUCUGCUACACGGGGCGGGUCACGGUCACGCAGGACAACGUGGACCUCCUGCUGAAAACCGCCGACCUGUUUCAGUUCCCGUCGGUCAAGGAGGCCUGCUGCGCUUUCCUGGAACAACGUCUGGAUGUUUCCAACUGCUUAGAAAUCCAGGACUUUGCAGAGGCCUACGCUUGCCGAGAGCUGGCGGACAGCGCUCGCCGCUUUGUCCUGAAGAACUUAAUGGAUCUGGCCAAAGGGACGGACUUUAAACGCCUGCCUUGGAAGCGCCUGCUGGAGUUCGUGUCGGACGACGAGCUGUGCGUAGACAAAGAAGAGACGGUUUAUCAGAUCGCGGUACGCUGGGUGAAGGCCGACCUCCAGCGGAGACUCCACUACUGGCCCGAGCUCCUCCAGCAGGUGCGGCUGCCCUUCGUCAGGAGGUUCUUCCUGUUGGCCAACGUGGAGAGCGACCCGCUGGUGUACCUGUCGCCGCCCUGCCUGCGAAUGGUGAACGAGGCUCGCAGCUUCCAGUCCUGCGAGUACGACCGCCACGACAGGCCGUGUCGCCGCAUGCGCCCGCGGCCUUCCACGGGACUGGCCGAGAUCCUGGUGGUGGUGGGAGGCUGUGACCAGGACUGCGACGAGCUGGUCACCGUCGAUUGUUUCAACCCGCAGACGGGCCAGUGGCGCUACCUGGCCGAGUUCCCGGACCACCUGGGAGGAGGCUACAGUAUAGCGGCCCUCGGGAGCGACAUGUAUGUUACCGGCGGUUCCGACGGCCCGCGCCUCUACGACGGCGUGUGGCGCUACAAGUCGAGCGUGAACGAGUGGACGGAGGUGUCGCCCAUGCUGAAGGCGCGCGAGUACCACAGCUCGUGCGUGCUGAAGGGCCAGCUGCACGUGGUGGGGUCGGACAGCACCGAGCGCUACGACCACACGCUGGACUGCUGGGAGGCCCUGCCGCCCAUGCUGCACGCCAUGGACAACUGCUCCACCGCCACCUGCGGCGGGCGCCUCUACGCCAUCGGCUGUCUGGCCGGCGAGGACACCAUGGCCGUGCAGAGCUACGACCCGGACGCCAAGCGCUGGUCCAUCGUCAAUUGCGGACAGCUGCCGCCGUGGUCCUUCACCCCGAAAACGGUGACCCUCAACGGCCUCAUCUUCUUCGUCAGGGACGACUCUGCAGACGUGGACGUUUACAACCCUCAGAAGAACGAGUGGGACAAGAUCAGUCCGAUGAACCAGGUGCACGUGGGCGGCAGCGUGGCGCCGCUGGGCGGCAAGCUCUUCGUGUCGGGCGGCUACGACAACACCUUCGAGCUCUCCGACGUGGUGGAGGCGUACGACCCGGCCACGGGCGCCUGGAGCGUGGCGGGCCGCCUCCCCCAGCCCACCUUCUGGCACGGCAGCGUCAGCAUCUUCCGGCAGUUCAUGCCGCUGGUGUCCAGCGCCUUCGAGCCCGCCGACGUCCCCGACGCCAACGCCAUCCGCCUCCACCGCCACCAGCGCCAGCAGGCCCUCCACAACCUCAACAACAACCUCAACCAGAACCAGGAAGUCAACGCGGCGGCGCUCUGAGUCCCCCCCCCCCCGACUCCGGCCUCUUUGGCUGCGCUCGCUGCACGGAAGAGUCGGACACCUUCCGGCCGUCGUAACCACGGUCCAGCCGUGGGCCUUCACUUCCUGCCGUUGAAAAAUGCAAACAAGAUCACUCCGCCUGCCAAGUCUGGGUGUACGCUCGCAAAAAGUGGCGUGCUAAAAAGCCGCCAUGGUUAUUAUUAGCGUAGUGGUGUGCGGUAAUCACGCUGGCGUCCAACUAGUGCACUUUCUUCACUCUUUAGUGCACUUGAUAUAGUGAGUGAGCUGUGACGGACACCCGCCAUUUUUUUUUAGGUUUGUUUUUGUAUAGCCUUCACUAAGCUUCAAUGCCCUCAAGGCACUCACCUUUCUGUUCAUUUUUGGUUUAAGCAUUAGACACCUUUUUUUACCUGCACCCUGUAUAUUGUAGCGUCCCGGAAGAGUUAGUGCUGCAAGGGGUUCUGGGUAUUUGUUCAGUUUUGUUACGGUGCGGAUGUUCUCCCGAAAUGUGUUUGUCAUUCUUGUUUGGUAUGGGUUCACAGUGUGGCGUCGUUUAUACGGCCACCUUCAGUGUGACCUGUAUGGAUGGCUGUUGACCAAGUAUGCUUUGCAUUCACUCGUGUGUGUGUGUGAAUAUUAUGCGAUUGGACCAGCAUGCAAAGGCCUUUAAGAUUAAUUGGCACUGUGUACUUCUCCCUACGUCCGUGUACACAGCGGGGUUUUAAAAAGUCAUAAAUUUUACUUUUUGAAACAGAUGCCGAUAAUUUUGAAACCAAUAAUUUCUGAUAUUACAUUUUAAAGCAUGACCACGGGUGAGGAUGGGAAUGUUUCAGUUUUCAGUUUAUUUUCAGUCUAACAAAAACAUUCAAACAUGGAUCACGAUUCAAAAAUUAAUAACAUGACUGAAACAGGCAGAAGCAAAAAGGCUUCUGUAAAAUUUUUUACAUUCAAUUAAGUUACCUUUUCUAAUAAUUUUGUAAUACAAUGGGAACGUAGAUCGACCGGUAAAUUGAGAACUUUGCCUUCCGGCUCAGCUGCCUGGUUCGGGCGUGUGGUCAGGAUGCCACCCGAACGUCUCCUUAGGAAGGUGUUUUGGGCCAAGUCCGACCGGUAGGAGGCCACGGGGAAAACCCAGGACAUGUUGGGAAGACUAUGUCUCCCGGCUGGGGGAGAGGAAAGUCUGGGCUUCCCUGCUUAGGCUGCUGCCCCCGUGACCCGACCCCGGAUAAGCGGAAGAAGAUGGGGCAUUUUAAAGCAUUUAUCGGACAUUUCUGGAAAUGACAUCAUCUCACACGGCACAGUGGUUGAAAAACACUGGCUUAGAAAACCCCCCAAAGGAGUCGCCGGCCCCCCAGUGGAAGCAAAGCGGGAUGUUAGCGUCCGCUCCGAACAUUUCUUGAAACAUUCUUGUCGCCCUUUCGUCUUUACCAUGGCAACGUUUACGCCGCUAAUGUCUUUUAGCCGCUCGCGAACGUUCAUAAUGCGAGGUUGCUAUUUUGAAGUUGUUUUUGUGUUCAUUUUUUUUUUUACCGUGAGAGCAAGUGCAUGAGUUUGCAAGAAGCAUUGAGCAGUGUAUUCACCUUUUUAUUUAAAAUAGUCCAUCAGAAGACUGUUCUGUGCCAUUCUAACUCUUGGAAACUGGACAUUCUUGGGGUUUGUGUGGGAAUUAUUCAAAAAAAACGAUGUCACACAUGUUGA